AGCCUAGCACGCCAGAAGCAGCGCUUUAAUUGUUUUGUAGGGAAAGCGCCGCCACCUCCUCCACCACGUCUAAACAGGAUCAUGGAACGGGAGAGCGCUUUAACUUCGCCUCGCUAGGGUGUGAAAUCAAUAAAAGAGGCAUUGCCUCUGGAAAAGGGAUGUCGGGGAGGAGGAAAGGCUGUUGGGCUUCGACAAUAUAAGGCUGAACUGCCCAAAGAAUGUAAAUAUUGGAGGGGGUGGUGGAAUCGGAAACAGCGACACAACAACAGCUCUUUUUUUACGGUCUUAGGUGAGUACCGCAAGGAAAUUAUCGAGUUCCCUCCUAUACGUCGAUUUGCGAUCGGCAGCUAGUUUGGACAGCUCCCUCCGACCUUCGGCUAUUCGCUCUCCGACACUGCAACAUCAUAGCUGAGGAAAGCGUACCAACGGCGGCACUUCAGCACUAAGUUACUUUGGACAGCUCUCUCGCGACCCUCCUCUACAGUAUUCGCUCUCCGACGCUGCAGCAGCAUAGCUGAGGAGAGCGUGAAGUACCAGGCACUUCAGCACUAGGUUACUUUGGACAGCUCCCGCCGGCCUUCCACGUACACCCUGCCUCCCGCAGCUCGUAUUACUCGAGCUUAGGAAAGUGAUCGGAGUGCAUUCGCCUCCGCGCAAGCAACACUACAGGAAGCGAAGCGAGCGAAGAGGAAAGACUCUUCCAGGAGCAGCUCCCACCCUGCCAAAAAAAACCCCCAGCUUCAUCUUCGCGGGCUCUGCUUUGGAAGCAUGGAUCUGAGAAGGCGCGAGACCUCCUCAUCCAGCCUAAGACUCCCUGUACUGCUUCUAUUUUUAUUGGCCGGCAGCGGGGCAGAACAAGAAGUGGAGAACCUCUCCGGCCUGUCUUCGAAUCCCGAAAAGGCUAUUUUUGUAGUUCGCGAAAAUGGAACGACCUGUCUUAUGGCGGAAUUCGCGGCGAAGUUCAUCGUUCCCUAUGACGUGUGGGCCAGCAAUUAUGUAGAUCUGAUCACAGAGCAAGCCUACAUCCCGCUUUCCCGGGGAGCAGAAGAGCAGGGGAAAUGCGGCAGCAACGAAGCCGAGCUCCAGAUUUUUUGGAUAGACAAAGCUUACACGCUGCGACUUUACUUUGUCAAGGAGGGUCGCAACACCAGCACAGGGCCCGAGGCCUGGUGGAAAAUGAACAAAGUCCAGUUCGUCUACGACAGCUCUGAGCGCACCUACUUCAAGGACGCGGUUAACCCCGGGAAACACACAUCUACCACACGCCAUCUUUCUGCUUUAGUUACCCCAGCUGGGAAGUCUUACGAAUGCCAAGCUCAGCAGACAAUCACCCUGACCUCCAGUGACCAUCAAAAAUCUGUAGUUCUCUUGCUGUCGGAGGUCCGCCUUCAGCCCUUUGACAUCAGCUCUGAUUUCACCUUCAGUGAAGAACAUAAGUGCCCAGUAGACCAAAGAGAACAGUUGGAAGAAACCCUUCCUCUCAUUCUGGGCUUGAUCUUGGGACUUGUUAUUGUGAUCACUCUCGGCGUUUACCAUCUCCACCUCAAAAUGACCGCUAGUCAAGUCCAAAUCCCACGAGACAGAUCUGAGUACAAACAUAUGGGAUAGUAGCUGGCACGCUCACCAGUCAGCUGAAGCAAAAGCACUUUUUUCUCCUGUAGGCCAGGGGCUCCCAUGUGAUGAAAUAUAACUUAACUACUUUAUAAUGACCAAAAGGGGGAGGGCAGGAAAAGGUGGGGGCGGGGGGCAGCAGGAGCAGCCAUUUCUCAAAAGUCAGUACUUCAGAGCACAAGACAACAUUUUCUUCUUGGAAGGACCAUUGAUGUAAAAUGGCAGCUUCCUUCCCAUUCAUGUUCUGAGGGAAGAAAUUAGGAUGGAGGUGUAUGUUUUGCUCUGAGUACUGCUUGAUCUGCUGCUGCUACUGCUGCUGCUAGGAUGGGUUGGAUCUGAUGAUCUGGGAAUGGAGAUCCAUAAUUUUAAUAGAAGGAGUGAGGAAAGACAUAUUUCCCCCCUUUUAUCCUGCAGCCCUUUAUGCUUCUUGAAACAAAUGGAUGGGAGGCUGAAGGUGAAAAAGAAACUGCUGAAGAUUAUCUCCAAUCCUUCCAUGAAUGAAAACCUCCUCUGGGCCAUAGUCUUUUCCUUUGAAUGGAAGGACUUUUUCCAUCCAUGGAAAAGCUUCUUUGGAUCCAACCCAUCACCCUAUAUUCCCAAAGCUCCAACUUUUCCUAUGGGAGCAAAGGGAUGGUUAAGGAGCCAGGGAUCUAGGAUAGCAUCCUAUGGAGACAUUCCCCAAGGAAUGAUGCCAUUUUGAAAAAGAAACAAAAAUACCAGCCAAAUCCUGCUCACCUUAUGUUAAGCCGCCACAGCUUCACUUCAAGUUCAUCUCAACCAAGAAUCUAUUUCAAUCAGGCAGGGUGGGUGGGGGAAGAGAAAAGAAUCCAUGGUCUUAGCUUGAGGAAAAUUUGUUUUUUGCUUAAUGGGAAUGCUUUAGCACCAGAACAACUUUAUAGUUGUUGCUGCUCAAAACAUAAGAGCGUCAUGCUAUUGUAAGCCAAGUGAGAAAUGCUUCUGGGCUGAGCACCUUGCAUGUACUGUGAUUGGAAAAAAAAAUGCCUACCACUCCAUGAUGACUUCAUUUAAGACAACAACCACAAAACGUUCAUAUGACUAUGCAGAUAUCUUCAGGUGUUAUAAAUAUAUAUGUGUAAAUAUAUAUAUGGGGGAAAAACCCCUCCCAAUAAAUCCUGAAUUAUGUUGAUUAA